AUGAUAGCUCGCCACAGCUUGGAACAAUCCGAUGCAGGAAACGGCGUGGAAGUGAUCGAGAACAAAUGCUACGACGAAGAGCAUGGAAAGGGGCAAUACACGGAGAAAAGAAUUCACUUGUCCAGCCGGCUACCGUACUGGAUACAAGCAUUCUGCCCAAAAGUUUUUUAUAUCGUUGAAAAGGGAUGGAAUUACUAUCCAUUCACAAUCACAGAAUAUACGUGUUCAUUCAUACCAAAGCUUAACAUAACUAUUCUAACAAAAUUCGAGGAUAAUGCUGGAACUUCCGACAAUUGUCUCUGCGUGCCAGAUGAAAAAAUAGAAGAAAGAGCUGUUGAUUUCGUGGAUAUUGCUUUUGACGAAUUAAAUGCGAAACAUUAUAAGAAGGAGGAGGAUCCAAAGUUCUUCAAAUCUAAGAUCACUGGUCGCGGACCGCUAGUGGAAGGAUGGCGCCAAACUGACAAACCUGUGAUGUGUUCCUACAAGCUCGUUCAAGUUUCUUUCGAAGUCUGGGGACUCCAAACUAAGGUUGAAGAUUUUGUCCAACGCUGCAUUAGAGACGUUCUUCUAUUGGGGCAUCGACAAGCAUUUACUUGGAUAGAUGAGUGGCAUUGGAUGUCUAUAGACGACGUGAGAAAGUACGAGCACAAAAAACAAGAAGAAGCAAACCAAAAAGUUUUGGCUGAGCAGGCUCAGACCGCACCUGAUCCCGAUAGUGUAGAUUAAUGUCGAAUUCGUUUUUGAACCUAGGUUGGAACUGGCGCAACCCGUUCUGAAUCACAGUUUCAACCCCAACCCGAUUCAGGUUCGACCGAACUACAAUUUGCUUGACGUUUGUUUGUUUAUGUGUUGAUCACCGACCCAGUUCCUAAAAACGAAAACGACAUAAGAUAACUGUAAUAACGUAGUAUAACAAAUGAUUUUACAAUAUAUAAGACGCAACAUAUGAUGUUCUUAAACAUGUCAAAUACAUUGUUAUAAAUAAAAUUGUUUAAGUAUUAUUUA